GUUCGCAUUCUGAACCAGGCCGCGCACAAGUGGCACCGUUCGGGCGGAAACUGGUUUAAGAUCUUCAACCAGAUCGAUGCAGAUGGCAGCGGCAACCUCUCCUACGAUGAGCUCGUGCAAUGUGUUCGCGGAACUUAUCCGUGCCUGAGGGUGCCAACGCGUGAUGUCAAAGAACGAGAGCUGCAGGGACUUUGGAAGGCUUUGGACAACACAGGCAGCAUCGAGGUCCCCGUUCAUCGGUUCAUGGUGUUUAUGCGAAGAUGGAGUGACGCCAGCUUCCAGAAAGAUCAAAGGCGGAAGACGCCGGACAAGCCUUCGUUGCCGCCCGUCUCCGAGCGCUCCAGCGUUGAGGUGCGCGGGGUGGCCCAAGCGUUGGAGCGGGCGCUUUCGUCUUACUACAUCGACAAGGGCUAUCUCAGCGUUGCCAGC